GCCCCCUCUUCGUCGACCCCGGCAGGAAGGGGGAAGUCUGGGCCGCCGCCAUGUCCCACAACACUUACAAUAAAAUGUGGGCAGAAGCCCAGGAGUCCCUCAACUGCCUGUUACAGAAGGAGAUAGAAGAGAAAUCCCACAAACCAUUGAAAGAUCGCCCAGUAGUGUUUCAAAUGCUAGGCACUUUCUACGUCAAGUAUGUGCAGAUAUUUCGCAAUUUGGAAGCUGCUUAUGACCAGAUUGUUCACCCACAAAAGCGUUUAAUUAUUCGGCAAAUGCUUGAUGGAGUAAUGGGUCGUAUUUUGGAGUUAAAAAAUGAAAUGGUGGAGCUGGAGUUUUCAGAAUAUCAUUACUUUGAUGACAUUUUACAAGAUCUUAAGCUGGCUCCUGAAAACAUUGAAAUUCCAAUCCCAAGGUAUUUUAUUAAGGAGAAAAUAAAGGUGUUGAAAGAGAGGGAGAAAAUCCUUGCUCAGAUAAUGCUUGAUGCUGGGAUGUAUGAUGGCGAACCUAAAAAAGAUGUGAAGCUCAUGCCCUUAGAAGAAGCUAUUAGAACAAUUCAGAUAGCUGAGCGGGCUCGCCAGGGCCGACUCCGGGCUACAUUCAUGAAGCAAAUCUAUCUGGAAGAAAAGAGAGAGAGGCUAGCCAGGCUUGCGGGUGAGAAAGCCCUAGAUAUAGAUGGUGCUGUGUUAUUCAUUCAGAAGCUUUGGCGUGGAUAUGCCCAGUGGAAGAAAAGUGUGAAACUCAGAGAAGAAGAAAUGGUAUUUCUAGGGAUGAUUCCACCUCCUCAUUUCCACAAACCUAGCAUUUCCGUACUGCGUGCCCAGAAGGUGGAUAAUAUAAGAUGUGAAAUUCAGGAGAAACAUGAAUUAGACUUCCAGAAAGCUCUAGUAAGCAUCAAAGAGCGUGUGAAAGAAAUUGAAGGUCCUGACAUCAAAGAGAGCCUCCAGGACCAGAUCCGCCAGUGGUUCAUUGAAUGCCGGCACAUGACAGGAAGAUUUCCGGACUACCCUGAUGAAGAACAAGGCGGUUCAGCUGUUCUUUUUGCUGAAAAAACUCCAGAGGAGGUGGCUGCUGAAAUAAUUGCUAAAGAAGAAGAAGAACUGAAAAAGAAGAAAAAGAAAAAGGGGAAAAAAGAAAAGAAAGAAAAAGGGAAAAAGAAAAAGCAAGGGAAAGAAAAAGAGCCGAAACCAAAGAAGAAAGAGCAGGAAGAAGAAGAAGGUUGGAAAAUGGCACCUAGUAAUUUUCUCCCAGUAAUGGAAGCAGGAAACAACAAAUACAAAGAUGUUUGGCAGAACAGAGAUGAGGGAUGGAACUUCUCACAGGAAUAUGACCCUGAACUGAUCAAGGAGGAAAAGAGAAAAGAAGUUGAAGAAGAGAUCAGAGUACAGGUUGAUGAGCUAAUGCGCCAGGAACUGAAGAAUUUAAAGUUAGCUGUGGAUAGAGAGAUAGAGAGAAAAGGCCAAAAAGGCAAAAAAGGAAAGAAAAAGAAAAAAGGGAAAAAGGGUGGAAGGAAGAAAAAAUCUAAGAAGGAUAAAGAUCUGACUCCUGACAGGACCAUUGAUUCUCUCUACCAGGAGCUGGUAGAAGCACAGAUAUUAAUAAGAGCCAAGAAAGUGAAACUCGGCGAUUAUGUAGGUGAGUACAGCUAUCUGGGGUCUACCCUUCGGCAGAAAGACAUAGAACCAAUGCCCUCUCUCACAGAUGUCAGGCAGCUCAUCGCUCUGUAUGGCAUAUUGCCAUUAGGUUCUCAGUCUGUACAUGAGAAAGCACCUCUGGUGAAAGCCUUGCUUUUAGCUGGACCCGAAGGAGUCGGGAAAAAGAUGCUUAUUCAUGCUCUCUGCACUGAAACGGGAGCCAACCUCUUCAAUUUGUCUGCAGCUAAUAUUGCUGGCAAAUACCCUGGCAAGGCUGGUCUGCAGAUGAUGCUUCACAUAGUGUUUAAGGUUGCCAAACAACUACAACCAUCAGUCAUAUGGAUUGGAGACACAGAGAAAACUUUCUACAAGAAGGUGCCUAAAGCUGAAAAGGAGUUGGAACCCAGGCGACUGAAAAAGCAACUUCCUAAAAUUCUGAAAACCCUGAAGACUGAAGACCGAGUAUUGAUAGUAGGAACCAGUAAGCGUCCCUUUGAUGCAGACCUCAAACCCUUUUGCAGAGUUUACAAGAAAAUCAUUCUGGUUCCAAGGCCAGACUACGCAUCAAGAUUUGUUUUAUGGAAACACGUCAUUGAGCAGAAUGGAGGGGUAUUCUCCAAAAAUCUGAACGUCAGCUGCCUGGCACAGGUUUCUGAUGGUUACACUCAGGGACACAUAGUCAAAGCAGUUCAAUCAGUCUUAACUGAACGACGCCUGAUGCAGCUGAACAAGAAGCCACUGACUGCUGCUGAAUUCCUGGUGUGCCUAGCCAGGCAGGAUCCAGUUUACAAGGAGGAGGAAGAAACAUACAAGGCUUGGUAUGCAAGGACUCCUUUGGGGAAAGCUCGAAUCAAGUCGCUGACCGUGAAUGAAGAUACCGGGAAGGGGAAGGGGAAGGGGAAAGACAAGGGAAAGGGGAAAGAGGAGAAGAAGAAGAAAGGGAAGAAGAAGUAGGAGGAACGGUUGCUUGCUACUCAGCACAGCUAAUAGCAUUGUUACCUGUUGAAUGGGGGGAGGUGAGUCUUCCUUUGACAUCACAGGUCCCUGCUUGAUAUCCCAGAACAGCCUACAUCUAAAAAUGUUUUGAACAAGGCAUCAGUGUGACGCUCAAAUCCUUUAAGGUAAACUAGUGACCACUGAACUUUACUAUUUCUACCUAGACAAUUUAU